GAAGGAAGUACCAUCAUGUUGAUGUGCUCCGUUAACAGUUUUCCGAACUCGACAUACACAUGGGAUGCAGGACACGAAGAGAGAAUUCUAACGAUAGUGAAUGUGACACGAAUAACGAACAAAAUACACAAAUGCAAGGCAACGAAUGUUAUGGAAACAUCAUUCAAAGGAAAAGUUAUUGGCAGCAACUAUUCUUUCGCAAACCUUGAUAUACUCUAUGGCCCUGCGACCAUAGCAGUCAGAUACAACAACGUCACACCAAUCGAGAAUGAAUUUAAAGUCAUUGAAGGAUCUUCGUUCACAAUAUUAUGUUCAGCCAGCAGUAAUCCAGCUUCUCGAUAUUCUUGGUUUGGUCCUUUUACUGGAGAAAGGGAGGUUCUGAGCAUAAGAAAUGUGAGAACUGACAUGAACAGAAAUGUAACUUGUAAAGCGGAUAACACCAUGGUAGAUAGUAUGGGGCAGAUUGUUGUCGGGAAUGCACAUGUAACCGUUUUAAUGGAAGUGUUAUACUCGCCUGAUGUACAACGUCUACAGAACCAAACCGUGCUACUCAACACUUCUCUCACAGUUUUGUGCAAUUUGACCGAUGUUGGUAAUCCACCAGCCUCCAACUUUUCAUGGAUAAGGAAGGACAAUGGCAAAGUGAUGAGUACUGGGCAAACACUUACAAUAAAAAGCAUUAGAUUGACAGAUGAAGGGGAAUACCAAUGUAAUGCUUCGAACAGUAUGCAACCAAUAACUAAUGAAGUGCUAUACGGAAUAAGUCAGUCGACAGUCUAUAUAAAUGUUGAAUACGGAGCAUAUGUACGGGUAUUCAAAGCAAAUCAAUCAAACAAUAGCAUCGUUGUUAACCAGGGUGAGACAGUAGAUCUGGUAUGUGAUGCAGAUGGUGACCCCGAGCCUGUGGUUCGUGUAAUGAAUACUACCCGUGGGAAUGAAAGUAUCUUAGUUGAAAUAAAAGGAAACGAAGCUAUAUAUCACAUUCAACAAGCAAACUGUGAAUAUGAUAUUGGAAACUAUACAUGUUCGGCAAAAAAUCAUUAUAACGAAGGGAGACAGUUGCUGGCACUUUUCGUUUACUGCUCACCUAGAACAUCGCCGUUUUCUCCCCCGGUUACAACAUUGUACAGAGCGCCUAACGACACUGUGUUGUUCACAUUCACAAUAAUUGCCUAUCCUAAGCCGACUUUACAAGAUAUCGUUUGGUACAAGCGGAAUGCUGAUAGUUGGAGGUUGUUAUCCGAUGACACCAACUUUGUGGUCGCUAUCACUGAUGAUAGCAUGCAGACACAGCUGAAGAUAUUCCAUGUGCAACUUAAAGAUUAUACCGACUACAUGGUGAACGUUUCUAACAAAUGGGGUUCAACAGUGGAAGUGUUUACUUUAAAAGCGCAAUCAAAACCGGAAGUUCCGAAAGAAAUACAAGUAAGCAGAACAGGACAAACGGAACUGAUUAUCGAAUGGAUCCCUGGUUUCAAUGGCGGAAACAGUCAAACAUUUACUAUCAGGUACAAAGCAUUAACCGAUGGAAGCUGGAUGUUUAUUCCCAUAAACAUUUCUCACUAUAUUUGGACAAUCGAUGGGUUAAAGUCUGGAACGACAUACCAAAUUGAAAUGAUGGCACUGAACACAAUAGGACACUCGGAUUGGACACAAGAAAUAAACAUAACUACACUGUUUGAUGCAGUUAUAGUUGAUAAGGGAUCGACUUCAUCUGCUAUUUGGGGCUCGAUAGGUGGUGCUGCAGGAGUGGUCAUAAUCGUCGCCGUUCUAGUUGUUAUAUGGAGACACAGGAAACGAGGUAAAUUGCUCUAAGAUCAGGUAAAUGUAUAUAUUA